AUGCUUGCUGCGAAUGGAGACCAUCAACGCUCGACGAAACCAAGGGCAUUGGCUGUUGCGGUUGCUUACCUAUGGGGGUACGACCACCAUCUUUCCUUAUCUGCAACAACUGUUAGUGAGGCUGAGGCUGCCGUCGAACAAGUCGCCAUUGCCAUUACUCCCUUACUGCUUGUUCUUUCCGCCAACUGCUUCAACAUUGCUCCUAGACGCUUGAUUCACUCCACCACCGCUGUGGCCACUAGGAAUUGCUGCUGCCAAUGGGAAUCAUCCCCCUGUCAUGUCCUUAUUCUCUUUCUCUGUUUCCAUUCCGGUGUAGCGCCGCUGCUGCCCGUUUCUUGA